GUUUAAGCAUCGUCUUACGUUCGUCGUACAUAAUAUAAGUCGAUCUUUCACACACCCAGUCACAUUCGCUUUUUUCUCCUUGUCGCGCUCCUUUGAAUUAUCAGCAGUGGCAAUCAGUUAUAGGAAAUCCAAGACAUGCGCUUCAUCGGGGUAUCCAUUGCCCUACUGCUGGCUCCUCCUGUGGCUGCUCACAGCGAUGGCCACAUUCCAAAGAUCUAUGGAUUGGGGUCAAGCGACAUUGCCAAGCUGAAGGCCAGAAACAUCCUCGACAGUCAUUUCAGACUUCAUGGUCCCAGCCAACCUUUGACCAACCGUCAAGGCGGCGCUAAUGGUCGAUGUGGACCCGAUCACGGUCGCGCAAGCUGUGCUGAGGGAUAUUGCUGCUCUCCAUCGGGCUACUGUGGAAAAGGGUCGGACUACUGCGCAGCACCGGACUGUCUCUUCCAAUACGGUCCUGGCUGUGAUGCCAACAAGAUCCCCACUGGAGGCAGUACACGCAACACUCCUCGUACGAAGCUCGGGAAACAGGUAUACGGUGGAGAAGGCAUCUAUGCUUGCGCUACCCCAAACACUAUUGCCAUUACAUACGAUGAUGGCCCUUAUAUUUACACCAACGACGUGCUCGACCAGUUCAAAGCAUAUGGCGCCAAAGGAACUUUCUUUAUUACCGGCAUUAAUCUUAAUAAAGGCGCUAUUGAUGACAAGAGCAAGCCUUGGCCUGCAAUCAUCUCUCGCAUGGUUGCUGAGGGACAUCAAGUCGCCAGCCACACUUGGUCGCACCAGGAUCUCAGUGCUAUUACCAAGGAGCAGAGGUACGACCAGAUGGUCAGGAAUGAAAUGGCCAUCACCAACAUAAUUGGCAAAUUCCCCACCUAUAUGCGCCCGCCAUACUCUUCGUGCACUCCAGCGUCUGGGUGUCAACAAGACCUUGCGGACUUGGGAUAUGUUGUAUCCUACUUUAAUCUCGACACCGACGACUACAAUAACGUAACGCCCGACUUGAUUCAGAAUGCCAAGAACAGAGUUGACGCCGCCGUCAACCCCAGCAAUCCAAAGGUAGACAAUUUCCAUGCCAUUGCACACGAUAUCCAUCAGCAGACGGCACAGAACCUCACGGGUCAUAUGCUUGACGUUAUGACCAAGAAGGGAUACAAGCUGGUCACAUUGGGUGAAUGCAUGGGCGAGCCAGAGGCAAACUGGUACCGCACUCCGACUGACAGACCCGCCUCGUCGUCUGUCGUUACACCGGCCGGUGCCUCUUCCACUACUUCUAGGACCGCUAGUGCUACGUCUAGCGGUGCUGUUGCCACUCCUACGACUGUGUCUCCUGACAGCUCUUGCGGAGGUGCAACAGGCUACACAUGUCUUGGAUUUGCUCAGGGUGAAUGCUGCUCCACGUACGGCUUUUGUGGAAACACAGAGGGGCACUGCGGAACUGGUUGCCAGAGCGGCUUCGGAAAGUGCGGGUUUUCUUCGUCCAGCGCCGCAUCCACCCCAUCUAGGUCGAUUGGAUCUACUGCAGUGGUCCCAAGCUCCACUGCCAGCUCCACUCCUGGCGGCGUUGUCUCUGCAGAUGGCUCGUGUGGCGGGACCAAGGGAUAUACCUGCGCUGGGUUUUCCGAAGGCGAGUGCUGCUCGGCGUAUGGAUGGUGCGGUAAAAGUGCCGAUUACUGCGGCACGGGCUGCAACCCACUGUUUGGAAAAUGCUCGUCUUCGGGGCCUGUCACGAGUUCCUCGGCCCCUGCGGCCCCUUCGACACGUAGCUCGACUCCCCCGACACGUAGCUCAACCACGUCCACUCCUGGCCUGAACACGUCCACUCCUAGCUUAACCACCUCGACGCGUACCACUGCUACCAGCACUCGCACAUCCUCUGCCCCUGCUACUACAUCAGGCCCCGCCCAGAUAUCACCGAAUGGCACCUGUGGUGGAAAGGCUGGCUAUACUUGCAAGAGCUCCUCCUUUGGCGAAUGCUGCGGCAGGAAUGGACGGUGUGGCAACAGCCUCACCUCGUGCAUGAGUAUACUAGGGUGCCAGAAGGCUUUUGGGUCUUGCCGGUAA